CACAUCAUUGUGUGCCCAAAGGAUCGCGGGGCUGAAGUGAGCUAACUCCACUGUUGACAUUGUAAAUCAUGAAUGAAUGUCAAAGGAUUGCGGAGGACCUGAUUGCCGCUACCGAAUGAAUUGUUUUGGUGUGUCAAUUAUCCGCGGUGACGAUCUUCAGUUAAAGCGAUACUGCCGUAGCCUAAUGUACCGGUGAUAAUCUAUCUGACAGUGCGAGCCUCCCAAUGACAGCUAACCAAGUAAUGCAGCGGAACGUGCGCGUGCUUUUCUUGUUUUGGUAAACGCGAGAUGAAGUCGCCUGGAGUGAAAACUCUGGUGGUUUGUGUAUUUAGGGAAUAUGCAAGGCGCAUGACACCAAAUGACUUUAUUUUUCCCUUUCGGACUUUAACCCAUCGCUUCAGAAUAUCCAUUACGGAAUGCAACAGAAUCGGUGACCAAGGAUACUGGAAUACUUGCUGGCUGCCCUCUGCUCAAGCAAUAUGCAAUUACAAUUCACCCAAAUUCUUCAUAGUCCUACUGAAGCAACAACGCUGGUCGGGUUAUGAAAUAAAAAUAGUCAUUAUGUCAAGAGUAUUGGAUUUUGUGAGCAUCUCUUUUACUUGCUGCUGUGUGCGUUUCCCUGCAGGCUACCAGUGCCAAUAUUAGUAUUUCCUUAAUGACUGCCUAUCUGUUGUCUUUAUGAAGUUUUAGUGAUAUUUAUUUGUCUUCUGACAAGAGAGAACGAGGACUGUUACAUGCAAUAUAUUCCCACCUUCAAUGAUCUUAUACACAGAGUUUUAAAGUGAUUCUUCUGAUGGAUGAGCAUUAGUCAUAUUGGAGCUAAUAGCAUCCUCUUAUUCACCUCCAUCAAUCAAAUGUUAUUUAUUAUUUAUAGGACACUUGACAGUAAACAGCCAGAACCUUUGUUUUAUCAUUAAAAACAAAGGUUAUUUCACCAUUAGACUAACGUUUUCAAGCUAAGGUGAUUGGCCUCCGUCUAAGUGUGUGUGUGGAAUGCUGGACAUCAGAAUGAAGGAGGCGUGUCGUAUCUGCGCUCGUGAGCUCUGCGGUAACCAACGCCGGUGGAUCUUCCACCCCGCCUCCAAACUCAACCUCCAAGUGCUUCUGUCCCACGCCCUGGGGCGAGAGCUGACCCGGGACGGGCGCGGCGAAUUUGCCUGCUCCAAGUGUGCCUUCAUACUGGAGCGUAUGUAUAGGUUUGAUACGGUCGUCGCCCGUGUGGAGGCUCUGUCCAUCGAACGGCUGCAGAGGCUGCUCCAGGAGAAACACCGGCUACGGGGUCUCAUCGGAGGCCUCUACCGGAAGACCAAUGGGGAGGAGGGUGGCGGUGGUGGAGGGGUCAUUACCGGGCCUGGGGGUACGGGAGGAGGGGUACAGGGGGAAGAUAUGGUGGACAUGUCUGGUCUGACCCAUGCUAAGUACUGUGCUCUGCUCCAGGAGGACUUGGUGUACUCUCUGUAUGAGUCCUGGGCUGAAGAGGGGUUGGAGUUCGGGGGUCACCACCAUCCUCAUCAUGGGCAUCGCCCUCAAUACCCAGGGUCAGAGGUGACGGCUGUAGGGUCACAACGCUGUGGGACAGUCACACCUUCACGUAGGAAGUGCCAAGGGUGCACAGCGUGGCGAGUCGUGGACUCUGACUAUGAGGCUGUGUGUAAAGUACCAAGGAAGUUGGCACAAAGUAUUUCCUGUAGCCCAUCGACGAGGUAUUCGGCCAGUGUGAUUGGAGUAGAAAGAGGUAGAGAAGGGGAGGAAGAGCCAGAGGGGACCCACUCCUCGCUCACACUGAUCCCUGGGUCCAAGCUUCAGUCCCGGGCUUCAGACAGUGACCGUACCCUGGCGGGUCGAGCCAGCUCCAGCCCCUCCAUAGACUCCCUGGACAUAGCUGGAGAAUCUACCCGGCUGUCUGCUAUCCAAGACGGGGCCGAGGGGCAAGGGUACCCCCGGGACCCCCUGGAUGACCGGUUCUCUGACUCCCUGUCUGAGGAGCAUGACCUGGUGACCCCGCUGAGAUCCGCAUCCCACCUCUCCCUGGCCCUCUGCCUGGUCCAGAACUGUGUGUACCGGCCCGUCCAGAGCCCCAAGGGAAGCAGAUUGCCUGUGCUGCUCAGACAGAGCCCCAGCGAUGGAGGCUCUAGACUUAGCUUCUAUGAGCCGGCCUUGGGGUUGCUGCAUCGAGGUCCGAAUGGAGAGGGGGAGAUCCAUGGCCAUGUACCUGAUGUGGAGGCCCCUCUGAUCAGGCUGGACAGUGAGAUGGAUGGGGGUCUGGACCUGGCUGAGAUGGAGGAGCUGUGGGAGGAUCUGUAUCAUGAGUGUCCUCCCCCAUGCCCCCACCAGACUCUGAUCGAGGAGCAGCAUAGCCAGUUGAACCAGUAUGAAUGUGCAGCAGGUCAGUGUAUCAGUGAGCUGCAGAAGGCCCAGCUCCAGGUCCAGUCCCUGCAGACCAAGAUCCAGGAGAGCGAGGCCAACAACACGAAGCUGCAGGAGAAGCUUAAUGAGAUGGAGUGUGAUCUGCGUUCUAUCCGUCAGGCAGCUCAGAACCAGGAACACACCAUCCAGGGCCUGACCGACUCUGUCAGUACCAAGGACAACGAGGCCCAGGAGCUGUACCAGUUAAUUGAAGGGCAGAACACCACACUGUGUAAACUGAGAGAGAUGGCCCACCACAACCAGAUCACGCAACAUCAGGCUCCAGAGGGGGGCAGUGAGGUUGCGGGUCUAGCCCAGCUGCAAGGUGAGUUAGUGGGGGUACAGAGCUCUCUGUUUACCCUGGGUCUGGAGCUGGAAGCCAGUCAUAGAGUGCAAAGACAGAGCCAGAGACAGGCUGAGGACCUGACCAGAGCUAAAGACAGACUCCACUCUGACCUAAAGGAGGCACUGCAGCAUAGGGAGGUCACCGACAAACACAACCAGGACUUGCUCAGUGCCCUGGCUCAGUCCCGCUCUGCGCUGCAGGCUAAAGAGGCUCAGCAGAAGGAGAGCGAGGCAGAGAAACACAUGGAGGUUCAGGAGAGAGACAAGACCAUCACACAGCUCAAACUCUCCCUACAGGACAAGGAGAGCCAGCUACAGGAGUACUCUGAGCUCCUGGAAUCAGUAGACAGCUCCAAACCCAGAGAUAUUCUGAUGGACAAACUGAGAGAACGCAUCAAGGACAGGGACAGAGCACUGGAGCGGUCUAUAGAUGAGAAGUUCCGUUGUCUGGAGGAGAGGGAGGAGCAGGUGAGGAGAUUACAGCUGGCCCUCCGAGAGAAAGAACGAGACCUGGAGAGACUACGCUGCAUACUGCUCAACAACCAGGAGACCAUCACGAGUCUGGAUGCAUUGGUGCGGGGUAAGGAGCUGGACGUGGAGCAGGCAGCAGAAGCCCACAGGAACCUGCAGUGGCUCCAGCAGCAGAGUGAGGAGAGAGAGAAGAGCACUCUGAGAGAGAGAGACACACUCAUCAACCAGCUACAGUCUGCCCUGCAGACACGCAGCCGGGAGACACAGGACCUGACGGCAGCCCUCCUGGCUAAGGUCCAGGCAGGCCCCAGUGAGGUGGUGGAGGAGCUGAAGGCUCGCCUCGCACUGAAGGAGAAACUGUUCCAGGAACUUCUGUCAGACCGCAACCGCCAGAGCCACGAACACCAAGCACAGGUCCAGGACCUGCUCAGCACCAUCAGCACCAAGGACCAGUACAUACAGGACUGCUCUGAUAGGCUCUCCCAGGUGAUUGGCGAGCGGACGGGCCAGCUGCAGGAGCUGCACAGGCAGCUGUCAUCACGGGAACGGGAGAUGGGUGAGCUGCGGAAGGAGAGAGAGAGGGAGAGAACGGGAGAGGCAGAGCGACUGCAGAACCUAUUAAAAGAGAAAGAGACUUUUAUCCAGAGUCUGAUGCAGGGACAGGAGGAGAGCAUGGAGCCCUCCACACCAGAGGGGGCAGCAGAGGUACAUGCCAUCCAGGAAGAGCUGGAGCUGGUCAGGAAGAAAGAGAGGGAGGCUCAGCUGGAGCUCUCAGCCCUGCGCUCAGCUCUCACACAGGGCCAGCAGCAGGCCCAAAAGCAGGAGGAUAGAUUUAAGAUCCUGGCCCCAGAAAUAACAGACAGGGACCAGCCCUCCAGCACUGACCACCAGAGUGUGUUGGAACAGUUGGUCAAUGAGUACCACAGGCUGAACAAUGCUUUGAGGGCAGAGAAGAGGCUGUACCAGAGUCUGAGCCACAUCCAGACUAGAGGAGACAGCAGCUCAGAGAAGACCCAGGUCCUGCUCACAGAACUGGACUCUGUUCAGGCAUUGCGAGGGCAACUGGAGGAGGUCCUAACCAGGACCCGGAAGACCGCCCUGGCACUGGAGAGGGCAGCUAAGAGGCAGUCUGACUUUGGAGAGCUCAGCACGGAGGAAGAAGAAGAGGAGGGAGAUGAUGAAGAGGGCAGCACUGAUGAGUUCUCAGACAGUAUUGAAGACGAUGAGGAUAAACUGACUGCCAAAAGUCUGGCCUCCACUAAGAACUCUGUGGUGGCCUGUGGGCAGGGGGUGCUGUCUGGAGGACCUUCGAGCGGAGCACUGUCCCAGGGGGCAGAGGGGCAGGGACAGCAGCUGGCUGAACAGAAGAGGGCAUUAGAAGAAGAAGUGGAGGAGAUGAGAACACAGCUGGAGACAACCGGCUGCUCCUCCCUAGCCCAGAUGAGGAGAACACUGCAGAAGCUACAACAAGAGAAUGAAGCCCUGAAAGAUAGCCAAGGGGGAUUACAGGGUCUAGGAACUCUGGAGGAUCAAACAGACAUCUGCCAAGGAUGGGGACAGGAGGAGGAGGAGGAGGAGGAGGCACAAUCAACAGUGGUACCCACCCAGGGCAACUAUGGCCCCCCAGCAGUGAGGAUGAGAGAGGGGAGGGGGAACAGACAGUAUACCAGACCUCACUCCCUAGACCUGGGGACUCUCCUCUCCCAUCACCAGCCAGACCAAACAGAGAAGGAGGCUGAAUCUGAUGAUGUCACCGGCGAUGUGGGCGGGUUCUGGCAGCAUAUGGAUGCGGGUCUCCGUGAGCAGGCGGCGCAUCUGCGUUCUGAUUUGGCGCUGAGCAGACAGGAGAGCAGAGAGCUGCAGGAGAGACUCAUGGUGUCUGAGGCCACAGUACAUGCACAGGCUGAACAACUCAAAGACUACAGGGAACUACUCACAGAGACAUCAGUUGAGCAGGACAGUAAGCAGGUCCAGGUGGACCUACAGGACCUGGGCUAUGAGACCUGUGGCCGUAGUGAGAACGAGGCAGACAGAGAGGCCAGCAGCCCAGAGUUUGAUGAUCUGGAGAUGUGUACGUCACUGAGCCACCGGCAGGACUACGAGAGUGCCGGAGUUUGGUUCCAUGGCGAUGGGAGUGUGGGCGGAGCUUUUGAUGAAGGCGAGGAGCCAGGGGCAGGAUCCUUACAGCAAUUGGUCCUGGACCUGCGUUCUCAGCUGACCCGCUGCCACAAGGUGAUUCGUGGGUUGCAGCUACGUGUGCGUUCACUAUCCACCACCAGUGACUACGCAUCCAGUCUGGAACGCACCCCACGCAAGGUGAAUUGGGCAUUUGAGGCGUCCCCGGCCCUCAGCGGUGUAGAAGACGAUGAGGGCUGGAUGUCCGACAGCCUGGGGCCUCGCAUGGAACCCAAGCCCAGCCGAGAGCUGCGAGAGCUGGUGUCCCGAGUAGCCUCACUGGAGGCCCAACUCAAGAGCUCCAGGCUGGAGGGGAAAGGAGGGGUGGUGGAGGAGGGGAAGUGUGCUACCUGGCCCGGGAAGUACAACACCCUGAUCCAGGCUCAGGCCAGGGAGCUGUCCCACCUGCGUCAGAGGAUGAGGGAGGGCCGUGGUGUCUGUCACAUACUCACACAACACCUGGGAGACACCACCAAGGGCUUUGAGGAGCUGCUGCGUGCCAACGACAUUGACUACUACAUGGGACAGAGCUUCAGAGAGCAGCUGGCACAGAGCACUUCCCUGGUACAACGAAUGGGCACCAAGAUCAGUGGACGUGACCGUGCUGAGCUACAUGAUGAUAAGAUGGGCCAUGAGCUGCUUGCUUUGCGGCUGAGUAAGGAGCUCCAGCAGAAGGAUAAGAUAAUCGAGUCGCUCCACACCAAACUCCAGCAGCGUCCUGACACCCCCUCCAGCAGCCAUGCCCUCUCAGAGACCACCGACCAAUCAGACAGAACCUCCUUUGUGUCAGAUGAGUGCCGGACCAAUGAGGACCUGGAGCUGUGCUCAGAUGUGGAUGCUGGCAGCGAAUACGCUCAAGAAGUGAAGGGACAGGGGGCGGGACAUGGCCCAGGAAGCACAGACGUCCACCCCUCCCUCCCUCCAUCCUCUCUUAAGUCCUCCAGCAGCUGUCCCAACAUGCUAUACUCCACUCCCGUGGAGUCGGCCAGUCAGACUGGUCCUGUGUCCUGCUCCCUACCCACCUCCCAGUCCCUCCCCAGGCUUUACCCUAGCCAUGACCUCUGGGGUCAACAUAUGACCUUUGACCCCGCGAACAGGACCUUCCCUAUGGAAGCGGUGCAACAGCAGCUGGAUACCCUGCACAGACAGAUGACUAUGAAUAAGAGCUUUGUGGUUCCUCACGCCAAGGCCCGGACGACCGCCCCACCAACCGCCCAUCACCAGCCUGACCCUUCCACUUACAGACAGAUUACCCACCAUGCCUUUUACCCACACCAGAUAGGCGGCCGACCCGCAGGCCCCGCCCUGAAGGCAGACGUAGAUCUGGUGGAUAGUGGUGCAUUGUGGGAUAUGGAGAACAUGGUUCAGCCAAUCAGGGUUGGGUCAUCAGGAUACUAUUCAGGAAACAGCUUUACUGGUGUGGACGUGAUCAAGGAGCACCUGAGGGAGGUGCAGUGUCUGCGUCAGCACCUGGAGGAGUCCAUCAGGACCAAUGAGAGGCUCAGACAGCAGCUGGAGGAACGCCUUUCCACCACCGGCCGUGACGGCGCAGCUCCCACCAACAUCUACAUCCAGAGCCUGGACUCUGUCUGCCAGCUGUCCAAUGAGAUCAGAGUCCUGAAAGAGGAGAACCUGGCUCUCCAGGCACGCCUGCAGGCCAGCUCAGAAACGUGUGAGGAGGCGGAGCAGCUGCGUGAGGUGGCGGUGACGGGGCGUGCCCGUCUGAAGCAGGCGGAGCUGGAGGCGGAACAGUGGAAGGAGGAGCUACGCCGGCUGCAGACACACAGCCAGGAGCAGGGACAGCAGAUUCACACACUCAGACAGGAGAGGCAGAACAGCCAUGACAAGAACAAUAGGCUCCAGCAUGAGGUGUCCCUGCUGCAGCAGCAGUUGUGUGAGAGCAGGGAGCUGCUCCACUCUCUGCAGAGUGAGCUGCAGGUCUACCACAGAGUGUGUGUCAACGCCAAGGGCAACCCAGAGUUUCUGUGUGAGGGCCAGUACGGGAGGGUCCCUGCCCUGCCCCUGCCCGGGGAGCUGGGGGAGCUGCUAGGGGAGGUGAGGAGCCUCAGAGCCCAGCUCCAGAGCAGUGUCCAGGAGAACAGUGUCCUGAAACAGCUGGAGCUCCACAAACAUCUGGAGCAGAAGCUGGGUGGGGGCGUCCACGGAGGGCUGGGGAGCAUUGGGGGGAUGGAGCCCCCUCGUACCCCGUCUCUCAGUGCCCUUACAGACAGCCCCCAGAGGGACAGCCUCUACAGACGGCAGCUACUACAUGACCCAGCGCCGUCUCCUCCGGUCAGAGACAUUGGGUUGUUUAACUGUGGUUCUCCAUACCACGUCCCCUACACAGAUCUGGUGGAGACCCCGCUCACUGCCAACGAUCUGGACCCCCACUCAGACCUGCAGGGGGACGCCCCGGACGGCUCGUUCUCUAACCGGAACGGACGCCACGCCAUCGGGCACGUGGACGAUUACAGCGCCCUGCAGCAGCAGGUCCUGGAGGGGAGGAGUCUGGUCCAGAGAAUGGAAACAGCCCUUCAGGCCUGCCUCAGCCAAUCAAUGCUGGUAGACAGCCAGGACCAGGUCCUCCUGGACUAUGGUUGUGUGAGGACUCUGUUGUCUAACACCAAGACCCUGAGACAGAUCCUGGAGGAGGCUGUGUCCCUGCUGAAGAUGUUCUGGAGGGCUGCCCUGCCCAGCACCGACCGCUCCACCCACAACCUUAAGAAGGAGCAAUGUAUGAAGGAGGAGAUUCUGUCUCUGAGAGGGCGUAUCUCGGAGCAGGAGGAGGUUCUCCAGGGAACCGUCCAGAGACUGAGGAGCACCAGCCGCACCAAGGAGAGCAUGGAGCACUUCAUCGUCAACCAGCUAUCAAGGACUCGAGAUGUGCUGAAAAAAGCAAGGACUAACUUGGAGAAGAACGAGAGGAGGAUUUCUUCCCUAAGCUCCUCCUCUUCCUCUCCUUAUGCUGCUGAAGACCGAAGUCCCGGCAAUGAACGGCCUACUGAUUGGAGUUUCUUGAAGCCUGGCGACGCCCCGGCAACGUCAAAUCAGCGUCCAGGAACCAGGAAGCGCAGCAGCCAGUGCCUGUUUUAGGUGAUGACCUGUUAUAGGAACCAGCCAGCCUAACACCACGACCUCUGAACUCUGACGUCACCGCCAGAACAGCCACGACCCCUCCUCCUCGUUGCCUCAUCUCUAGCAUCCAACGUCCCUCCUCAGAUCACUCCAUGCUUCUUUCUCUCCUAUCUCUCCUCCACUUCUCUCCUGCCGGCAAUUUGUGCCCAAUGCUCCUGCCUCCUACACCUUGGGCCUUACCUGAACUCUUACUCCUUUAGUGUCAUUCCUCCACCCUCCUUUUGACUGUUCUCUUUCCCCCACCUCCACCCUUGUUCUUCUGUUGGAGUCUUUGAGCUCCAGAGACGGUUGGUCCAGUCUGAUGAUUACCUUGUUGUGAGCGUGAAGAAGAAGGUGGUUUGAAACGUACCUCUGAUGGUUACAGUAAUGUGCGCCCUUGACUGCUGUAGAAGGAGUAGGAUAAAGCUGCCCCUAGACAUUGAGCUAAGGUCAGAUUUGCCUUUUCCCCAAUGGUAAAGGUAAUGGGAUUUGGGGAAGGUAGGCUGAUCCUAGAUCUGUAGCUAAGGGAAGCUUCUACAUGGAGCAUAGUAGAUUGUGCUCUUCUGCCUGGCAGUUUUUGGAUGGGAUAAGUGUCAAUGCAUGUGAACUCAUGGCUUGAGAAAGGAAAUGUAUAGUAUUCAAACAGUACGGUACCCAUAUAAAUAUAAUAGGCUUGGAACCUCUAACCCUGGCAAUAGGGACGCCCAUUCUAUUCAUUCUAUUUCUGUGACAGUACCCGCGUCACACACAUACGUUCACAGACAUACAUGAACAAUCAAUUUCUUUCAAAACAAAUAUUCAACUUUCACUGCCACAGAAAUGCAACCUUUAUCCUCGUGGCAUUUCAUCAAUGAGGAUUUUCUUUGCAAGUACAAUGCAAAAAAGUUGAAUAACAUCCACAAUCUAGCUAGAUCUGCUGGAAUCACAGUGGAGGAAUGUAUAGGUGUAACACUUCUAGGUAAUUGUUUGCUAUAUUUAUCUGUGGAGGAUGAAGUCUGUGGAUGGUCUGUCUGCCAUUAGCCAAGGGUUCUGGAUAGCAGAACAAAGGCCCAGUUCCAUUUCAAUUACUAGCCACUUCCCCUCGCUCCUACUCCAUCGGUAUUCACAGAUCUGAAUAGACUGGAUAGGUGAAAGCAAUAUGUUGAUGGCUUCACCUAGUCCUCCGAUAAGUUAAGUUGAGCUUCCACUGUGUUGCUUUUAUCUAUCCAGUCCUGGCUGAUCUAACGCUGAUAGGGUAAAGGCUGAAAGAAGGGGCUAGGGGCUGAAAUGGACCGAGGCCGAACAUGCGUAUUCAAGCUCCUCUUUAGGAGUCCUCAGACGAGCAUGUGCAAUAAUUACGUUGUUUAUUGAAUGAUCAUGGCGCACCAGCUUUUUGGUUUUUUGCCUGACACUGGAACUAAAGUAUUUAACCACUCUUGAUAAGUGAAAAAGACCGUUGGUGCAAUAUUAUACUAAUAACUAUCUUCUACUAACUUAGGAAUACUACUGACUGAAACAAAGUGAAGUUUUUAUGCAGUGUUGAUGCAUGAAAGAAGUUUUAAAAGGAAAAAUCUAAACAUUUGUUUGUGGAACAUGGGAUCACCAAUACUUGCCAAAGUUUGAACUUUGAACUCUUCACGUCCUUGUUUGCCUUACCCAUGCGAAUGACAUACUGUAGGAAUGGUGUGACUAUAGGAAGUCAUCAUCAGCCCAGUAUAUGAGAUCAUUUAUGACAUCAUGAUGGAGAUAUUUAAUUGGCUGCUCUUUGAGAGCCAUUUGAACCAGAGAGAUGGUAACCGUUAGAUUAUAAAUGUGCUUUAUAACGAGCACAUCUUGUCAUAAAUGGACCAAACAUUUCUAAAAGUGAAUCUUUCACACUAGGCUUCUAUUGCUUUGUGAAUUCCAAAAACUUAAACUGUGCUCAUGUGAGAGAUGUACCACUAAAACAGAGAAUACUAUUGUGAUUGUUACAUUUCCAUUGGACUUUUUGUCUCGGUUAAGACCUUCAUUGCAUUCCCAUGGUGUUGUUGGCUAAAUGUUCUGUGUCCUUUUAGGUGUUACAAACUUUGGCAGGCUACUGGUGGGACCAAUGUUGUAGAUUUCCCCAUUGGUGAUGUCACACCCAAAGGUGUUUCUUCCUAUGCUGCUUUUGAUUGUGUUGUAUGUUCUUGCUGUACAUUUGGCAAUGUUCACACUGUAAAUGACUUGCUUUUCACUGUGUUCUGUUGGCUGACCUUUUGGUGUGUGGAUAAUCAUGUCAGACAUUUGCUUUGUAUGCAAACGUUGAAUAUCUGGGUAGCUGUGCAAUAGCUCUACACUAAAUCUAUUUUAUUUUGAUGUUACGCAUCAUUAUAUUAACAAUAUUUUUGCUUUCUUAAGUGUUUAUUUUCCUGCUUUGUAUGGUUUGUUCGUUUAGUUUUUAGAUUAUGCCAGAUUGUAAUAAGAUAGCCACGUCUUUUAUGAAAUCACAAAUAUCUGCCUUUUCUUAGGCUAUAAGUGGAACCAGUAUUAUUACUUACACACCCACCUAUAAUUAACCUUCGGAUGCUUGCCUUUAAAAGUAGCUUGGCCACUGCAAUUUGCUCCCAACACUUACUUGGAACUCUAUUCGAUCUUGAAAGCUGAAGCGUUACGGAUUCUGCAACAGAAAUGUAAAGGUCAUUUCCAAAUGAUCCAACAUAUGCAGCGUUUACCGUGAAUGCAGCCUGCACUAAAGCGGGGAACAUUGCUUUUUAAAAAUUUCAAACACGCUGUAAAGCUGAACUUCCGCGAUGUGGAUUGAAUAGAGCCCUUGGAGUUAAUAGCGCUUGGUGUCUAUCCUAGGUAUAUAUAUAUAUCACAGUAGAUCUGCCAACAACGUCUUGUUUGCGCUCCACUCAAUUGAAAAUCCCUAGAGGGGAUUUGAAUAUAAAACAUUCUAAUAUAACAAACAUUCUAAUAUAAAAGCCCACGCUGUGGGGUUCUUUUGGAAAAAUAAGGAUUUGAUGAGAAGAUUCAUAGAACGAUUAGGGAAGAUUCAUAUUUUAUACCAAAGUAGAAAUAACCAACCAACCAACCAUAGAUGUACAGGAUUAUGUCAGAUUGGAUCAGAGUAGAACUGAACAAGGCCAAAGAGCGUGAACAAGGCCUUUUUAAUGCGCUGUGUAGAACGGAAUCAAACAGAAGUAUUUAGCUGUGUCUAAUAGUUGGUCCUGAAACUUAGAUUUAAUGCUAUGUGAUUGAAAUCGAAGAGCAGCUUGGUUUGUCAGGCUCUGUGUGUGAUAAAGUGUGCGCUGAUGAAGCUAACUAGGAUGCCGACACAGAGCUCGUCUAUGAGCUCCGUCUCUGAAGAUGGUCACUGUGUGUGUGUGUGUGUGUGUGUGUGUGUGUGUUGUGUUGCCACAGUGUUAUCACAAUGAGGGCUUUUGGGUUCCAAAAAAUAAAUAAAAAUGUAUUUAAAAAAAA